AUGGCUGCCCAUAAUGUUCAAUUUCAAGAAGAAACCCGGAACAAUCAGAAAAACACCACGGCAUCUAUAAAGAAUCUUGAAGUCCAAAUGGGGAAAAUCGCUCAGCAACUAGCUUCGAGUUCUCAAGCACAAGUGGAUGAAGAGAAAGAACAAUUGAUCGAAGUGGACCUCGUGAUCAAAGAAAAUGAAGUUGUUAGGGAAGAAGUGGUAACACCGAAGCCGGUUGUGAAAGAAAUAGUCAUUGAGCCAAAGUCGGUUGUUAAACUCCCCUUCCUCACUAGAAACAAGAAAAAAGGACAACAUGAGAAAAACUUUGAAAAAUUCUUAGAGUUGUUCAAGAAGCUGGAGAUUAACAUUCUGUUGUUGGAGGCACUUGAACAACUGCCUACGUAUGCCAAGUUCAUGAAGGAUAUCAUUUCAAAGAGGCGUACCACCGACACUAACCCAAUUAUUCUAACCGAAACUUGUAGUGCUAUUUUGCAGGGUAUGAAGAUUCCGAUAAAGAAGAAGGAUCGAGGAGUUGUCACUAUCCCAUGUACUAUUGGAGAUAGGUCGUUCAACAAAGCUCUUAUUAAUCUGGGAGCUAGUGUGAGUAUCAUGCCAUUAUAUAUUUACAAGAAGCUUGGUAUAGGGGUUGUGCAAGAUACCAGAAUGACACUCCAAUUCACCGAUCGUUCGGUCAAGAAACCGUAUGGCAUUGUUGAAGUUGUUCUGGUGAAAAUUGAUAAGUUUGUAUUUCCAGUGGAUUUUGUAAUUCUUGAAAUGCCGGAAGAUGAAGAGAUCCCUCUCAUUCUAGGGAGACCCUUUUUUGGAGACGGGAGGGUGCUUGAUAAACAUAGAAGAAGUAACAAUGACGCUGAAGGUUUAUGA